AUGAAGACGGCCACCACGCUCACCGCCCUCGCGGCGCUCCUCCCCGCCCUCGUCCAGGCCGGAACCUACCCCAUCCUCGACUCGAUGAAGGGCGCGAAUUUCCUCGACGGCUGGAACUUCCCCGUCUCGACUUAUGACAACACGACCAACGGCGACGUCUUCUGGGCCACCCCGCAGAACACGUCCCUCCUCUACCUCAACGACGCGGGCCGUUUCGUCCUGAAGGUCGACAACACGACUUUUGUGCCCUACAACGAGAAGCGUUACGCGCCGACCCUCUUCUCCAAGAAGGCGUACAAUGCCAACACGGUCAUCGUGUUCGAUGCCACGCACAUGCCCUACGGGUGCUCGGUGUGGCCUGCCUUCUGGACGCAGGGUGCCAACUGGCCGCAUGGCGGUGAAAUCGACAUUGUCGAGGGCAUCAACCAGCAGACCAAGAACCAGAUCGCGCUGCACACAGGCCAGAUCUGCACCCAGUCCAAGUCGCAGUUCACCGGCACGCCCGGAUUUGACAACUGCACGAUUGGCGCCAACUACGACGCCGGCUGUGUCGUCACCGACCCGAGCGAGAACUCGUACGGCGCCGGGUUCGCCGCUGCGGGUGGCGGUGUCUUCGUGACCGAGUGGACCGACGCCUUCAUCAAGAUCUGGUUCUUCUCGCGCGCCAACGUCCCCGCCUCGCUCACCGCCGACGCCAAGACCAUUGACACGAGCGCGUUUGGCACCCCCGUCGCGUGGUACGACUCGUCGACUUGCGACCUCAAGAACUCGCUCUCCGCCCAGACCAUCACGCUCACCACGACGCUCUGUGGCUCGUGGGCCGGCGUCGCCUCGACCCUCGAGCAGACCUGCCCCCCGCUGACCGGCACCAACACCUGCUACACGCAGUACGUGAUCAACGACGCCUCGGCGACCUACAAAAAUGCCUACUUCGAGAUCAACUACGUCAACGUCUUCUCCAAUGCCUCGUUCGAGACCAACCCCACGUCGGCCGGCCAGUCGCACUCAUCCCCCGGCGGCUCGCAGGGCGCUGCCGCUGGCGGAAACUCGACCACCGGUGGCGCUGCCCCCAGCGGGUCGAGCGGUGCGGGCGGCGCCUCGGGCUCGGGCGGCUCGGCCUCCCCCUCUUCGUCGAGCAAGCCCUCCUGGGCCCGCCCCGUCCUCGACACGUCGAUUGGCUACCUCGCCUGGGGUGCCGUCGCUGCCGCCGGCAUUGCCAGCGGCAUGGCCAUUGCCUUCUAA